AUGGCGGCUGUCUCAGCCUGCUCAAAUCUGCACUAUCUGGAGGCCGACUGUAUCGACGAGCAAUAUAGAGUCCUGCAGGUUCUUUCCGACGAUCUCCACUAUGCCUCGACCAUACUCAAAUACAAGGUCUAUGAUGUUGAGAGCCGAUCUUUCACUGUGAGAAAGGCAGCAAAGGAGGCGAAUGCAACCGAUCUGUACAGCGGCAGAGGCCUGGCAAACGUGCAGAAUGAAGAGAAAUGGCGAGUGAACCAAAUGCUGAAGAACAACGCCAUGAUGCUCGACCUCGCCGAGCAGGUCAAGAUUGGUCUGAAGACUCUAAUUGAGAUUGUCUGCGCCACCCCAGGUGCUGUUCAGGCGGAUCUGAAGGCAAACAACGACCUGCGGGAAGGUGACAUUGAGAUCGACUCGGACGCAAUCUCAAUCAAGAAGGCGAGCUUGGGUCCGCCACUCGAAGAUCAAUCAGCCAAGGGAUUGACUCAAGCGCGACACAUCUUUGUUGACUCUAGCAGAUUUGUCCCUGUCAACUUCCGGGAGGCGUCAACUCCAGUUCAGGGGGAAGUUCAUUCUAACAAGUGCAAGAUCGACAAGCCGCGACAAGUCAAGAAGGUCUGCUUCGUCGAAGAUGCCGCAAUGUCAAAGUGCCAGGCAGCUACGAAGGCUUUGUACAGCAUCGUGGAGCCUUUGGGUCAUCGAGACGACCCGCAAUGCAGCACGAACAAGGUAUUCUCUCACGUUGAGAUCCCAGACAGAUUGACUGCGAAGAAGCGGAAGGAGAACGCCGAAAGAGCUCAUUCACCAGCACAACCCUGCAACAUGGAACAGAUGGAGAAACAAUUGCAUGCCUGGAUCCCAAACAAGAUCACCAUGCCAUGUCUACCCGUUGAUAGAGACUUGCAAGGGCUGAUGACCCCGAACGCAGAAAGAAUUCAACGAGACUGGGCAUACGGGCCAAAGACCGUGGGAAUGGACUAA